CCUAAGCCGGGUGCAACGCUUGUGCAGGUCAAGUGCAUGGCGCGCACGCGUAUCCCCACACCACAUGGGCCUGCUUUCCUCCAUCUAUACCAUAACAACCGCGAUGCUAAGGAACAUCUCGCUAUUGUCAUUGACCCCGCACAGACGUCCGACGACGCACUUGCCGCGCCCCCGAUUCGAUCGCGUUCUUUGGACGCUGUUUGGAGUGAAACGGAGACAGAAGCUGAACGCAUCAUUCGGGGCGCGUACGUCGGGCGUCUGUCACCAACAUUACAACGCCCCUCUAAUCCGACAUGUCAUCAUUCCGCAUCCAUCUCUGUAAUGACCGGUGUCCCUUCUCCUCUUAUCCGCAUUCAUUCCGAAUGCUUUACCGGAGAAACUGUGGGGAGUAUGCGUUGCGAUUGUGGUGAACAACUAGACGAAGCUAUUAGGCAGAUUUCGCAACCUAUCACUCUUCCUGCCACAUCAUCUCGCAUGCCCACCAUUAUCCCUGGCCGUGGCGCCAUUAUUUAUCUCCGCCAGGAAGGCCGAGGAAUUGGCCUUCUUUCCAAAAUACGUGCCUACAAUUUGCAAGAUAUGGGUCAUGAUACCGUUACCGCCAAUCUUAUGCUUGGUCAUAAAGCUGACGAGCGAGGUUACGAACUUGCGGGCGCUAUAUUACGGGAUCUUGGACUCGGGUCCGACCACGCUGGUGUAGAGGGAGUGCGCGUUUUGACGAAUAAUCCAGACAAAGUGGAAGCCCUUCUGAGGGAAAACAUUCGAGUCGUCGAGCGAGUGCCCAUGAUCCCUCGAAGUUGGCAGAAUCGAAAGCCAAAAGCAGACGCUAAAAACCUCGAUAAAUAUUUGCGGACAAAGGUUUUACGGAUGGGCCAUAUGUUGCCGCUU